AAGAAAAGUCACGCACCCUUGCGCUCAGAGAUUCCAUUCUUGAGGUCUCUUCUUCUUGAGGACCUCGCUCAACUCGGGUGGCGAUGCUUCCAGGCGAUAUGCAGCAGUGAAGACAGGCUUCGUCGGCGAAGAAGAGUGCGUCGCCAGCCUGGUAGACGAAUCGUGGCGUUGUUUCUGCGAGGUCGAUGCAUGGCCCAGUGAAGUGUUUGAGGUGUAUGAUGUGAAAGGGUCAUCGUGGUAGCUUCUGUGGACCGCAAGACCAGUACUGGACUUAAAUAGUGAGGACAGGCGCCUGUCCGUGAUGAGAAGCGGAGAUUCUGGCUGGCCUCGUGAUACAAGUGUCCAAGCAAGGCCCGAGCGCUCCGUUCAAAUGCAGCCCAGCGCGGAGAAAUCAUGGGGAAACAGAGAGGGUGGCACGAGACACGUUAGAAGUUGCAAGAAUACUAAAGAGAGGGGCGGAUGGGAUAUCAAGCCUGUCUUUGGUGAGGGCAUCGUGCUCUCCCUUGCAGCCUUACUCAGAGCACGUCAUGUUAUGCAUCUCCACGACCGACGCACCAGAAACGACUACCGAUCCCGGAUCGUUAUGGGCUGAUUGGUCUCCAUGAAACCCAGGAAAGACGAGGUCACUUGCGGUGCCGGGCAUGGAAUCAAAAUUUGAUUGCGAAUUAGUCGUCUUUCGAAGAUACGUCCACCAUCUCGUGGCCCCAGUGCCGCAAACCCCCUCUAAAACUCAACCUGGAGCUUUCAUCCAACGCCUCAUGCUCAAUUGCGGUUUCAGAUGUCCCAAUAUAUUCACAGUCCGCAUCCAAAACAACAGACUCCCGCAAUGCCGUCUUCUUACCCCAAUACCGUAAACGUCGCAGGCGUAAGCUCGACGAUGCUGGACGAGGUCAGCGACAUGGACCCAUGUCUGUGCUCUGGAACCUGCACAUGUGCCCACAGGCAACACGCUCAUCACUCCGUACCUUCUGCCAUCAGCACCAACACCAACGCCGUUGCCAGCUCCAGUACCGGGCUUCCGAUUAUCUCGAGCGCAUCUUCCUACACUACCAAAUCCUCAGCUCCCAAGCUGCCAUCCCUGAAAAUCAGACUUACGAUCCCUCCCAGUUUGCUCGACAAGCGACAACCCAGUGGCAGCUUCAGCCAGAGUCUCAAGAAGGCGCGAUCGGCCUCUGCAUCAAACGGCGCGGCGCUCCACGCCUUGUCCCGUCCAUCGAACCCUUCGUUCUCUCCGUACAGCCAGAUCGUUCCCAAACGAAGAGGCCGGCCUCCGAAAGCUUUGGCUGCAGCCCGCCAGCUUGGAAUCAACUCUUCUUCCGACGCUAUCUCGUAUUACAACUCGGCUCAAGCCGCACGCAAGCGAAAGAUCGCAGCAUCGAAAAAAUCGGCCGUCAUCAAAGGCAAAAGCAAGAAGAAGACCAGCGCGGCAAAGCGACGUCGCGUAGAAUCGAGCGACGAAUCUUCCUCCGAGCUCAGUGAUGUGGACACCCUAUAUCGCUUCGGUGUUAACGACACCGAUGCUCGAUCUGUCCAGUUUCCGACGUUCGUUUCUGCGUCUGCACUGUCGUCGUUGUCAGACUCGAGUGCUGAUUCGUCGUCGGAAUUUGAUACGGACUCUUCCGUAGAGGCUGAAGAGGAAAGCUUCAUUGUUGCUGAAGAGACGCAGAGGGGUCGUGGACACGGCCAGCCUCAACGGCGCAAUCCCAGUUGGGUGAUCCGCCCUCGCAAGCCGAGUGUCGGUGGGAGUGACAUGGACAUGGACAUGGACAGCGAUGCGACCGAGGAUGAGGACGAACAAGAUGAAGAACAGCAGACCGAAGCAGGGGACGACGACGACGAAGACAUGGACAGCGGUCUGCGUGUCGGUGCUGGUUACAUCGGUGUUGCUACAGGCUGGUCGGAGCCGGAGGACGAAGAAUCGAGUUUUGACGCGGAUCUCUUUUUCGCCAAUCUGACGGACUCGGAUGGUGACGAUAGUCAUUCCUCAGCUGGCGACGAAGAUGAAAGGGCAGACGACGGAGAUCAGUCAGAUCUCGAGGGCCUGGAUAUUGGGCUCGAACACCUUCCUUUCGAGUUGACCCAAGACUGGGACGGUCAGGUCAGCUUCUCCAAUGGUCUCGGCGAGGGCCGGGGGUUUCUGGAUGUUCAUUUCGAAAUGGCUUCUGAGCUGGUCCAGACCAUCAAUUCUCUCAAUCAAAUCAGCGAGGUCGAGGAGCCGAUGUCGACAGAGGAGGAAGUUGGCUACGAAGGCGGGGACACCACUGACGAGGAACUUGUUGGGGAAGACCAUCUCCCAAACGAACAAGCUAUGCGUCUGUUCAACCUUCCGUUCAGUGUGUCCUCCAUCAAUCCUCUGUCAACAAUGAGUCCCGCUGCUCGCGGUCGUCGAGUCAUCGUGACACGUGAUGCGACUCGCCCUGCGGACAUCUUGUCUAGUCGUGUUUUCUUGGACGAUUGGGAUGCGCCGGAUGAGAACGAUGCACCGCCCAGCAAUUCCUCGCGCAGCAACGGUCCUCGUGAAGGGCACUUCAUUCCUGUCGAUACACCGGUUGCCAUCAUAGAUGAUGCUCAUGCGGCAGUUCCUUCUCCUCAUCCGCGACCUCGUGCUCGGAGAGGUAGAUCAGUCUCGCAUUUCGGCCGGACCAGUCCUCGAUCCUCGCUUCCUCGGCAGCUUUCACUUCCGCCGAUCUCUCAGCCCUCCUUCCAGAUUCUGUCAUCCUCUGAGCUGACGACAUCUCCUGAACUGCAUCCUCAAACGAUGGAUCUGGACGAUGUCCUUGACACGGCAUUCCUCGACUCGGAUCCUUCUGAGGAGAUCGCACCCGUCUCGCCCACUGAGCAAGCCAGGAAACACUUGAAUCUAAGCCGUUGGGGAUGGGGCUCUGACACUGGUGGCUCGGCCGAGCUAGGCCAAGUCAUGAAGAGCAGUCCUUUGAGCAUGCUCUGGCAAGAUAAGGAUCUCACGCAGUCGCUUAAGUCGAAGGCGACACGGGCAGCGGGUGAUCGCACGCCUACCAACGCAAACGCAUCACCAAAGCAGCAGGACCAUAUCCCCAAUCAGCAUCGCAAGGAGACGCGUAAAGAACGCCGACUGAAGCAAAAGAAUCUCAGUCUGGGACACGAGCGGCCUCCCCACCAACAGCAUUACUUCCGCCAGCACCAUCCCAAUUCCAAGUCCCGCAGCGCAUCGCAUCGCCAGCGCUCCAACUUCAACAACUCACCGCCUGCCCAGAAUUUGUAAAUCCAGUACGCUGCCCACUCCUUCAUUCUGUCUCUUGUAUCCAACACGCACUGUAUCUGUGCACCAUUACCGUCCUCCGGAUAAUCUCUGCAUACCAUGUUCACUGUCCAUGUCUUGUUACUCAUGAAAUGAAAUGAUCCCAAUGAUGACUUUUAUUCUUAUGAUUAUAUGUAUCUAUUCUUAGUGGGGCCAGUAUGCAAUCACACCCCUCAUGUCCGCUACCACCACCCCAACAGCUGCACCAGAUGUGGCAACUACCUCCGCAGUCCCCGACUUCCUUCAGCGGGGAAUCCUACUCACCAAAAUAUCGGAAAAGUCGCGCAAACGAUUGCUCUUUCGCAUAGACCCAGAUGAAGGCCUGAUUCUGUAUCCUUCGAACAAGAAUGGGCUUGGUAUGCUCCAUCUCGUCCCCUUCGCUCCUCACCGACCCCUACAGUCCCCAUCGAGUGCAUCAAGGAGAUUAGGACCGGUCCCGACGCCGAAUCGUACUGUAUGCAAUUCCGUCACCCUCGCGACCAAUGGGACCGUUGGAUCACGAUCGUCUACGUCCUCAAGAACACGUUCAAAACGUUGCAUCUCGUGGCCGACACCAACGGCGAUCUCGUGAUUUGGCAGACUGCUGUCCGUGGGCUCUUUGACGUUCGCAGGGGUUUGAUGAAGGGCGUCGAUAACAGCGAGCUCCGACGAUCGGUUUGGGAGAGACAGUACUGGAAGGGAGCCGACAAGAGUGGCGACAAGACCCUCGAUUUGAACGAGAUCAAGGCCAUGGCGGUGCGAUUGAACAUCAAUUAUCCGAAAGGCGAACUGGAGAAACUGUUCAACCAAGUCGAUACUACGCAUCAAAAUAAAUUGAAUUAUGUCCAGUUCCAGCAGUUCGUGAAGCUUUUGAAGCGUCGGCCUGAAAUCGAGGCGUUGUUCAAGCGAAUGGCGGGUGAGAAGAAAUUGGAUCAUGCCGGGUUCGAGAAGUUCAUGAAAGAGACACAGAAGUCUGUGCUUAGUGCAAGCGAACUAGAGGCUGUUUUCGAGAAAUAUUCGACGCCCGCAGAAGAGCCACCGACUUCGCCAGAUGUUUCCCCUACUUCUCCCUCGGCUAUGCCCCAUUCGGCUCGGCUGAUGAGCUUGGAUCAGUUUGAGAACUUCCUCAUUUCUGAAGACAACGCAGUCACCCGGCCGGAAAUCAACGACAUGGCUCGUCCGCUGUCGGAAUAUUUCAUUUCGACAUCUCACAACACAUAUCUCGUGGGCAACCAGCUGAUGGGCGUCAGCACAGUCGAGGGCUAUAUCCGAGCGCUCUUAUGUGCCUGCCGCAGUGUGGAGCUUGAUAUCUACGAUGGGCCCACUGCGCCAGUUGUCUACCACGGGAAUACCUUGACAUCUGCCGUGUCUGUGCAAGAGAUAUGUGAGGCAAUCGCGAAAUAUGCGUUUGUUUCCUCGCCAUACCCGGUUAUGCUGUCUUGCGAGAUCCACUGUGGACUCAAGCAGCAAGAUAUGCUCGUCGACAUCAUGCUAAAGGCGUUUGGAACUUCCUUGAUCAAGCUUUCUCCUAACGAGAAGAUUGAAAUCAAGGCCCUCCCUAGUCCUGACGAUCUCAAAGGAAAGAUCAUGGUGAAGACGAAGAACCUGUACCUGGCGACUCAGCUGGAGUCAGUCAAAGAACACCAAAAGGCUGCCGAGAUGGCAGCUGCCAAAGCUGCGCAUCUUCCUGUCGAGGACUCCUCGUCCGACUCCGAGUCUGAGGAGGAGCAGUCGGAAGCUCAGCUGGUGAUGGAAGAAAUCGGUGCUGGGAUCAACGCAGAGAUGAGUGAUCUGAAGUCUGGUAUAUCCGACCUCAAAUCCAGGUGGAAGAAAAUGAAAAGCGCUGCCACCGGGAAGCCCCAGAAGCCAAAGCUUCCGAAGGUCCCGAUGUCGAUGGCACUGGCAUCCUUAUUGGUGUACACCGUGGGUGUCAAGUAUCGGGGCAUCAAACAAUCCGAGAUCUAUGCUCCAGAGCAGAUAUUCUCGCUGUCUGAAAGCCAAAUCAACAAGUUCCUGAAGGACGAACAAGAACUGGAAAGCCUGGUGCGACACACGCAGACACAUGUUGUCCGAAUCUAUCCCAAAGGGACCCGUAUUGAUUCUACCAACUACGAGCCGGUCCAGUACUGGGCAGCUGGAUGUCAAUUGGUUGCACUCAACAUCCAGACGAUGGACCUCGGAUUCAGGCUCAAUCAGGCCAUGUUCAUGAGAUGUGGCCAUCAAGGUUACGUUCUCAAACCACCGGCUUUGCGGGACCCGGAAUUCAAGCAACUCCAAAUUCAUACAAAACACUUUUUUGACGUCACGAUCAUUUCUGCUCAGCAACUACCGCGAGCAAAGGACAGCAGCGGCAAAGAGAGUGACGAGAAAUCCAUCAUCGAUCCCUAUGUCGAGGUCGUGCUCCAUAUCCCAGCCUGGUCCACAGACCCAUUCUUGCCCAAAGACAAGAAAUUCAAGCAUGUGGACCCUGCGGAUUCGAAUAAUGAGAGCGCGCUGCAUCGGCUCUCGUAUUCGACCGAGCCGGUCAAGAACAAUGGAUUCAAUCCCAUGUGGCAAGAAGAGUUUUGUCUUCCAUUCGAUUGCAUUGGAGGCCUGAAAGAACUGGUGUUUGUCGAGUUUAUCGUCAAGCAAGCCAAACAGAAAGCAAGCACUGAGCCCCUGGCGAGCUACAUGGCUCCGCUCUCAAGUCUAGAGCACGGAUUCCGCCACUUGCCGCUUCAUGAUGGCCAAUUAACUCAAUAUCUCUUUGCCACGUUGUUCGUGAACAUUAAUGUCCGCGACGUCGAGUAGAGCAUUUUUAGCUUAUGAAGGAAUUUACGAGUCGUUCAAUACGGUGAAGCGUGGUGAAACGUCGGCGACACUUGGCGACACGUAUGUAGGUAGUCUGAUGACCAAACGCGCUCAAUAUUGGUGGCUGUGCCACAUUCUCACUUCCUCCCGCCUCUUUGGCCACGCUUCAUAGCCAUGGCCGAAUACUCUUACGAUGAGUCGGGGUCGAUGGCAGCAUACUUUUUAAUUACCUUUCUUGCUCUAGUCCUCAUCCCCCUCACAUACUCUCUUUUACCGUCACCAACUAGUGCCAAAUCAUCCAACGCACAACCUUUAUGUCAAUGUGGCCCGUGUACUGCUCAGCGUUUACGCACGCGUCCCCCGAAGUUCCAAUUACCCGGGAAGAAAGUGUCUUUCGUCAUCCUCGGCUGGGGUGUGCUGGCAUUCGUUGCAUGGAGGGUCGCUGGUGCCAAGUCGGACACCGAGGUUUAUGAUCCAUUCGAGAUUCUCGGAAUCGCGCGCACUUUAACAGAGAAGGAGAUCAAGAGUCAUUACAAGAAGUUGAGCAAGCUAUAUCAUCCGGACAAGGUCAAGGCCACGGUGGAAGAGACUCUCGAAAUGAUCCAGGAUCGUUUCGUCACAAUAACCAAGGCAUACAAAUCACUCACUGACCCUGUCAUUCGCGAAAAUUGGGAGAAAUACGGAAACCCCGAUGGCCGGCAAGAGAUGAGCAUGGGUAUCGCCCUCCCCGCCUGGAUCGUCGCUGGAAGCAAUAACAUCUACGUGCUGGGCGCGUACGGAUUGAUUUUCGGUGGACUUCUUCCCUCGCUUGUGGGUCGUUGGUGGUUCGGAAAUCGGAAACGCACCAAGGAGGGCAUCCAAGCUGAAUCUGCCGCUGCAUUCUUCAAGGGCUUGACGGAGGAAUCGAAAGAAGCCGACGUCGUCCGGGUUCUCGCGUCAUCCUAUGCCUUUGAGCACGUUCCAGCGUCCAAGACUGGAACGCAAGAGGUCCAGGCGAAAGUCAAGGAAGUGCUCGGGGAUCAAGAGUGGGCUGCCAUCACAGGCGAGAGUGCUCAACAGAAGCGAGCCAUGGUUUUAUUGUAUGCAUAUCUUCUGCGACUUGACAUUGAUCCGGCACUAAGCAAAGAGCAAUCCGCGCUUGUGCUCCAGACCCCGCUUCUCCUGAAUGCCUUGCUCAUGAUGGCUCAGUCACGCAACUGGUUGACACCUUCUCUUGCGAUCAUGCGGCUUCAUGCAUUCAUCGCUCAAGCUUUGGCUCCAACGUCGAAACCUGAGAACCAGCUUGCUCAGCUUCCUGGUGUGAAGGUCGAGGAGAGUGGACCCAGUCAGGGCGAUUAUCCGGAAUUCGUCCAGUCGUUGCAGGCCAAGUCUGACGGUCGUGUCAGUGAUGUUCGCAAGGCUCUGAACCAAUGGGGUCGGGUUGAAGUGGUCGAUGUGGCUUUCCGAGUGAUUGGGGAACGAAUCAUUGUCCCAUCGUCCAUCGUCUAUCUUGUGGUCAAGCUGCGGGUUGUCCCUCCUGGCGCCGAGGUCCCCAAAAGUGAGGAGCUGGAUGCCAAUGAGACGAAGAAGCAGCUCCGGGCUUUGGAUGAGCGAGAGAAGACCUUCCUCAACUCGCGUAAGGAUGCGGAAGACUUGCUACCCGGACAAACUUUUUCCGGGGGUGCACACGCUCCCUUCUGGCCAGGGACAAGGAAGCCAAACUGGUGGAUCGUUCUCGCUGAUGACAAGUCGGAUCGCGUUGUCGUUCCGCCUCUGAAAGUAGCGGAAAUCCCGUUCCGGACGACCGGUGAUGCAUCCGACUUCCGAGCCUACAAAAUCCAGUUCCAGGCACCCCAGAACACGGGUUUACUCACAUGGCGGGUGUAUGUGAUCAGCGACACCUUCGUUGGAGAAGAGACACACAGGGACAUCAUCAUGAAAAUCGAUGAUGUGUCUGCAUUGACUGCUGACGAGCAAGGCGUCGAAGACGACAUCUCAGACCCAGAGGAGGAUUCGAUCGCUGGCCAGAUGGCCAUGAUGAAAGGAGGAAGCGUGAAACAAGCGGGAGAUGCCCGGGAUGAGGAAAGUGACGAAGAGAGCAGCACAGAUGACGACGAGGAUAGUGAUAGCAGUAGUGAUUCCGACAGCGACUGAAAAACUCUUCCUUUUUUGGGUCACAAGUGUAGUGGUGGUGUCUGUUUGACGCUGUUUCCAAGAGGUCACGACCAUAGUACUUUAGCCUCUCCACCUUCGACAACGUCGUUCGCGUUGCCAGCAUGGAGGCCCUACGUACUGCACCUUCGAAGCUGAAAGCGCUAACGCGCAUGCGCUGCCAAAUUUUCCAAACGUCGUACAACCCACAAAAUCUUCGAACGGGUGCAAAAUAUCUGCGAGCCCGGCUGCGUGGACCUUCGAUGGCCAACUACUAUCCAACGGUGGUUCAAGUGUCGAGUUUGGCGCGUCUUUAUCCAAAGAUGAACCUUGUGGACGAGCAAGAGGUGAUGAGGGUGGCCGACGUGCAGGAGAAGAAACGCAGAGGCAAAGGCACUCCCAAGAAGGCCAAGACGAAAGCGGACAGUCGCAGACAGGCCAAAAAGCGGUAGAUCCAGUCGUCAUCGUCAGCAUAUAUACAUUCCUCCGCGUUUGCUAUUCUACACCGAUACAUUACUUCAAGAAGUCAGUCAAGGCGCUGAGGCGUACUGUACAUACAAGCUCGGGGGCAAGACAUACAACAAAGUCCACGCAAAAUAUCAAUUCAUGAGAUCGCCCACAAAGUCGUUCCAGAUCGCCGCCUGCAUGUUCCCACCCGACUCUGGUGAACCGGUCGAGGAGCGGCGCUGUCCGGGCAUCGGGUUGACGUCCAGAGUCGGGACGGAGGAAUACGCGUCCAUGUUCGCUGUCCGGUAGUCGUACACGGGGAAGUAAGACGGGAAAGACAUGGCCUGGGAUGAGGUGUUGCCGUUGCUCAUGCCGUGGGACCGUUGGUGACCAUUAGUGUGGACAGCCAUGUUCUGGUGGAACACAGAGGACUGCGGCGACGAAGACGAAGACGUGUCCAUGGCUUGGUUCGCCGGUUGCGCCAGAUACGAACCAUUGGAUUCGGAGUGGUACGAAGAUGGCCCAGGAACUGUGGACAUGCCGUACAUGGAGACAGGGGAUAUGUCGACAUCUGCAUCAGGAUACGAGCCAUGCAUGGGCUGUUGGAAAGUGUUGAGAUAUUCCAGCACGGUGGGAUGCAUCUGCUCGUUGACUGAGGGUGAUAGCGGCAACGGUACAAUUGGAGUGUGGGAUGUCGGGGAGCGUUCGAGUAACAAUGGCGAAAGAGGCUCUUUCUUGGCGACUAACCGGGUCCUGCCACCCAGGGUCGACAGCUCGUCGUUUUCCUCUACUGUGGGCGUGCCAUCCGAUGACAUGUGCCGGUGCAGUAUCGGGGACACUUUACCCUUUCUGUGGUCUUCGAGACUGUGAUGGGCUUUCUCUUGAAGUCGAAGCAUAAUGUUCUAUAAUCAUUCGGGAAUGAGAAAUCAGGAGCAAAAACGUUCGCUCGGGACUAACGAGGACUUUGACAGCACGGAAGCCUCGGGCAGCUUUCGAGAAGAGCUCGCAUGCAGAAUCCAAUUGGAGCAAGGCCGAUGGGGCGAGACUCAUGGACGGGCAGCGGGUGACGAUGCUUCCCAGGAUAAUUGCACACGAAAACAUAUGCGUCCAGAGGAACCUGACAGACCAAUGAGGGGAGGAGUGGCAGCACAGUAGAAACCCAGCACAUACCAUAUCCGUUCACUCAGAUCUUUGAGCUGGCUGUGCAAGUUUCGCAGGAGGGCUAGCAGAGAUCCUGCGCUGCGGUACGCGGCAAUGACGGAGCUGCCGUAUGGACUGCCAAGUGGAUCAUUGGGGUGGUCGCUGAUAGCACGAGCGAAGAAACUGCGGUGAAGGUAUAAUAGGUCUGCCGCGUUUUGAGCUUCUUUUCGAUUCCGCUCCGCGAUGAAGGAACACGCACUGGUUUCUCUGAUCGCCAGCACAAUAUGCCGUUGCAAUGUAAGCAUGACUGUCUCCACAUACCCAGCACGUGGCUCGGAGCUGCCGAAUCCCGCGACUGCGCAUGCAUUCAGGGGCCCGCCGAGUCGACUCGUAGACCAGAUCUGGGUGCGUACCUUGCAGGACACUCGGCACCGGGAAAGCGCGGAGUUUCCGGUCCAGUUGGAGGACAGUAGCAUAGGUCGGAGUUUUAGCACCGAAUGCCUGAUCGUGGAGCAAGAUCAUGCAUUCUGAGCAGAACCUAUGUUUCCACGCGUAGACUGGAUGUAAAAACUCAGGCUCGCCAAGGCUGGGCAGUUUACAGUCAACAUGAGCCAUCGCGAAUGAGGUCGGCCGCCCGAAAGUGAGGCAUUGCCAGGAAUCAUAGGUGAAAAGCUGGGAAGCGGUCAGCAUCUGCCGAGGAUCUGCGGGUCAUUUUCAACGUGCCUCCCAGAAGAGUUCACGCCGCCGUUGAGUCUCGAUCGGAUCGACCUUCCACCGCCCACUAUCCCGAUCUACAGAUGCUGCUGUGAGCGAAAUAGACCCGUGCUUGAUGCAUUAUCGUCUUACGUAACCCGAUCUUUGGUCGCAUGAGCGGAAACGAAAAGAAACGAAAGAGAGACGUACGCUUUGAGCAACCUUGACAGCGAUGCCCAUAAUAGCCCAUCGAGCACCCGAGCCGGUGCCGUGACGGUCAGCUAAGAAAAGGUAAUAUGCCAUCAGGAACUGAGUUCCCCGUAAGUCAAGUUUCAAGGGUAAGCUCGG